CGCGGUUGCCGGGAGACCGUUAGGGUCAGGACGCAGUGUUGCCUCCUUCCCGGCCGGAUCCUUUGGGUCUCCACCAGAAUAAAACUCCCCAACGCCUUGAAACGCACAGCUUUCAACUGAAGGAGUCAUUGGAUACUUAUCUAAAUAAAGUGAACCUUAGGUCUUCUAAAGGCCAUGGUGAAAGAAAAGAAAAAAGCGGAUAAAAAGGGGGACAAGUCUGCCCGUUCUCCCUCGUCUCCCUCUGAUUAUCCAGAGUUUGCCAAACAAGAUGGCAACGCCGCAAGGCAAGACGCGUCUCCGAGUGCCGCGCCGCCCCUGGACGUGCAGCUCAAGGACCCGAGAGUCAAGAGAGAGGUCGAAAGCAACAGUCUGCCGAAUGAAGAUACCACCCAGUAUGAAGAGCCCAUUCUGACCAAACUCAUAGUAGAAAGCUAUGAAGGAGAAAAAGUCCGUGGACUGUAUGAGGGAGAAGGGUUUGCCAUCUUCCAAGGAGGCUGUACCUACCAGGGCAUGUUCUCCGAAGGACUCAUGCACGGACAGGGGACUUACAUCUGGGCUGAUGGAUUGAAAUAUGAGGGCGACUUUGUGAAGAACAUCCCCAUGAACCACGGCGUCUUCACGUGGCCAGAUGGCAGCACCUAUGAAGGAGAAGUGGUCAACGGCAAGAGGCACGGAUUCGGCAUGUUCAAGUGCAGCACGCAGCCCGUGUCCUACAUCGGCCACUGGUGCCACGGCAAGAGGCAUGGAAAGAUGUCGUGUUUAGGGAGAAAGUUUAAGAUAAAGUCCUCAAAGGCAAAUGAACAUGAGCUGACUGGUUUUAAUCGUUUGGUUUGUGGUCCUAGUUACAAGUCCGGGAACAUAUACGAGGGUCAGUGGGAGAACAACACGCGCCACGGGGAAGGUAGGAUGAGGUGGCUGUCGACUAACGAGGAGUACACCGGCCAGUGGGAGCACGGGGUCCAGAACGGCUUUGGCACACACACAUGGUUUCUAAAGAGAAUCCCCUACUCCCAGUAUCCUUUGAGAAAUGAAUAUGUAGGAGACUUUGUGAACGGAUACCGCCAUGGCCAUGGAAAGUUCUACUAUGCCAGCGGGGCCACGUACGAGGGAGAAUGGGUCUCCAAUAAAAAACACGGCAUAGGCCGACUAACCUUCAAGAAUGGGCGUGUGUAUGAUGGCCCAUUUUCCAAGGAUCACAUAGCGGAGUUUCCGAAUCUGGAAGGGGAAGUAAUGAGCUACCUGGACUCGACUUCAGAAUGUGCCCUCGGGAGCCAGUGGUGCAAGCCCUCCAUCAGUGCCGAAAUCAUGAGAAAGCUUGAUGGCAAUGAAAGUAAUUCCCUGUUAGGCUCGAGCCUCGAGCUGGAUCUCAGUUUAUUGCUGAAAAUGUAUCCUGAGAGAGACCAGUCAGAAGAAAAGAAGCAGGUAGAAUAUGCUAUCUUAAGAAACAUUACGGAAUUAAAAAGAAUCUACAACUUUUAUAGCAGCCUGGGCUGUGACCGUUCCCUGGAUAAUACCUUUCUGAUGACAAAACUUCACUUCUGGAGGUUUCUCAAAGACUGCAAGUUCCAUCACCAUAACAUAACCCUUGCUGAUAUGGACAGGGUGCUCGGUGCCAAUAACGACAUACCAGUGGAAGAAAUUCACUCUCCAUUUACAACAUUACUUUUGAGGACAUUUUUGAAUUACCUCCUGCAGCUGGCUUACCACAUUCAUCACAAAGAAUACCAAGACCGAAGCCCAUUGCUCUUUCUGUGUUUUAAAAAACUGAUGAAUGAGAACAUUCGCCCCAAUGCCUGCCGUGUAAAAGGCCAUUUAUUCUGUGAGGCCCAGCGGACCCUCUAUUCAAUGACUUACGUGGACAAGUGCUGGGAGAUCUACACAGCGCACUGCAGACCAAACGCGGCCCCUCCCCAUGAGCUCACCAUGAACAUGAGACACUUCCUCUGGAUGUUGAGGAGCUUUAAGAUGAUAAAUAAAGAAUUGACAGCAACCAAGUUUGUGGAGGUCAUAGCAGAGGAUAAUCCUUCCAUGUAUGAUGGAAUCGACAGUAACUUUGAACUUGAGCUGGUUUUCCUGGAAUUCUUUGAAGCUCUAUUAAGCUUCGCCCUCAUCUCUGUUCCUGAGCCAGCAACUAAAUUCUGUUCAGAUUUCCCAAAUGAUGACCUCUCUGUUAACAAAGCUGGAAGCACUUACCCAGUGACGGCUCAGAACACCCAGAACAGGAGUCCAAGUGCACUAACAAGCCAGGAGUCCGACAUUCAAUUCAGCAGCACCAAGUCAUCUUCGAGCAAGCUGGGAGUCCUGCUGGACAUGAGUAAGAUAAGGAAGUCAGAGCCCAAAAUCAGGAAAUCUCUAAGUAACGGAAGAACUUCCAAAGUGAAUUUUAAAUCUGCAGGAAAAGGGCUGAGCUUCCUUUUAUCUCAAAAUGGGAAAAAAGAAAAAUCCAAGCAUGAACAGAAGGAAAAAUUCAACACAUGGAUCAGUAAUAUGUACGUCUUUUUUGUGAACACUCUCUUCCAAGCACAUAAACAUGAAGAAACCGUCAAGGAGAAAGUAAAGGAAAACAGGCUAUAUAACGAAGCAAUGGCCCUUCAGAAGAAGAUGGAAAACGAGGAGCUGGAAGCAAGGCUAAACAGCUUGAGAGAGGAAGAGGCCACAAGACAAGACUAUGAGGUGGACAUCACCGUGAUCAAGGAACCGGUGGACGCCCCCUCCUCGAAUUUCACACUAAGCCCCCCAAAAGAGGACACAGUGGUGUCCAGCAAGUCCAUGACAAGCAAGAAAAAGAAAAAGUAGACGUCACUGUCUUUGUAAACGAGCCACAGAACAGGCAGGUGUGAAAGGAGGACGCCUUGUCUGAGUGUUUCUUGAGAAACUGGGGUUUGGGCCCCCUGGGUUGAGGGUUUCUUAUGUGAUUGGGUCACCGGAACGCCUGUUUUAACAGCUGAGCUGAAUGAAAAUACACACAUGGGGUACUGAA